AUCCAGAAACUACUUUCUACAUUCUUGUAGGUUGUGCAGGAGGCUCUACUUCUGCUUUUCAAAGAUGUAUUGUUGAAUAACUGGGCAUCUGUUUGCAACCAUUUUCAUGUGCGAGUGUAAACGUUGAGUUGGGGGACGUGGUCAGCAGCUGUUUGGAUUUAAAGUGACAUGAGGCCUUUUCAUUCUGAAAGGCAGAACUGACCAGACUAGAAUCUCAUUAUCUAGAAUGAUUUUGUGCAAAAAAUAUAACGAUCCAACGAUCUUAACUUGUUCACGGUAGAAUAAUAGACUCUGUUAAAGUAAACAUUUUUACCUUUUGAUUGCAACUCAAACUUAACAUUGAACCAAUGACUUUCAGAUUUGUUUCCAUUAUUUAUUAUGCUAAGGAACAGCUUCACAAGUGGUUUUUAUUUGCAUGUGAUUACUAAGAACAACUGGCCCCCUGGGUGUAAACGCAGCCAUCCACCCGGUUUGUUCCAGUGGGGUGUGUCUGGAAAUCAUUAUUUCCCAUUAUAUCAUCAGAGGUGAUGUUGCGCUGCAGAGAUACCUGUAGGUUUGGGUCGGGACUGUUUUUGUUCCCAGAUUUGCUCAGACAGCAGUCUUUGUGCCCAGCCUGAGACUGUAAGGAGUGUGAGUCAUCCGGUGAACGCCCGCCGCCGCUCCCUUGGCUCAGGUCAACAUUCUUCUCACACCACUCACGUUGUCAGGAGGGUUGUCUGAGUUUUGUUUUCCCUACUGUCCUCUGUUAUCAUACCCAAAAAAGUGUCUACUUGCAGCAAAAAUAAUAAUAAAAAGAUGAGAUGAUGCUUGGUGAAAAGUGGGUCAAACUGAUAUUUUAUUCCCGCGCCACAGCAUCCGCUUUGUGUUUGCAUGCAUGUGAGACGCAGGUGUGUUGCAGUUAAGGCGUGUUUGCAGGAGGGAGGAUGAAGUGACGGUUCUCCACAUGGUGGCAAGACGUUCAAGGCCCAACCUGUUUGUCUGCUUCGGGAGGAGUAUCCACCUGCCUGACAGGUGCUCCUCUCAGUGACAGCCAGGUGAGCCGUCAGCACAGACGCAACUUCAACCUGGAACAGCCGGAUGGAUCCCCAGGUUUAGAUCUACAAACGACCAUCAAAAAUAUGGCAACACAUCGAAGGGGGCGGAGCCUCUCUGAGGCCUUGACCCUGGAGGAAUCGGAGAACGGGGCGCUGGUCAUUUCCAGCGCUACCGAUUCCUCCCACAACCUGAAGGAAGGGGAUGAAAUUUUGGGAGCAACGAUAGAUUUUAAUCAGCUGUCAAAACAGGAGGUGAUAAACGUGCUGAAACUGAUGGAGCCAUUUGAUGACAAGGUCAAAGUUCUUACCAGAAGCUGCCUGAGCAAGAGUGUGGACAAUUUGGACCAGUGUGCCAGAAAUCCAGAAGCAAUGCUGAUGGAUUCCUAUACUAAACUCUACAAUGCCAAAAUAAAGAGGUUUGUGAAAGAUGACUCAUCUGCUGCUGGCAAAGCCGCCUCAUCUAAGGUCAACCUAAAGCGUGACAUGGGGCUGCCUCGCCUUGGAGUUGACUUUGGACUUCUAAAAUCCACAUCGCUGAGUGCAGAUGUUGAUGCAGAUUCUGAGUUUGAGGUCAGAGAUCUGACAGAUGGCACCAAUCUAAACCUUCCACCACUUGGUGGCAGUUUGAAUGGACCUACCGCUGGUAACACCCUAGUGCAAAGACCAAGACUUGAUGGUAGAAAUCCACAGUCUCAUCUUGGAGACUACCAUCUCUCUCAGACAUUACCAGAUGAUUUAAAUGGCAUAACUGCAGCUAGUGAUCUGAAAAUGCCAAAUCUUGAAAAAGUUCUGGAUACAGGAUUGGCCUCAAAGGGUUCAGAUGUGUUCCUUCCAGAUCAUGUUAUAGAGGUUAUGGGACCAGAUGGAAUGUCAACAGUUCCUAAAAGUAAACUCAGUCUAAAGCAUGCCAAAAGACUGAAAAUCCCAGAUCUAAAUUUAGAUGAUCCAUCUGGUUUCGUUGAAUCACCAAAAUUUAGGCUGUCUGGGACACUACCUCAAAUGGACCUAGGAAAAGUCAAUGUGGAUACGCCAUCUGGGUCAGUCCAAUUGCCUAAUAUGGAUUACCCUGCUGAAAGUCUGGGUGCUGAUAAAACAAUUGAUUUUAAUGUUAAAACCCCUAAGAUAAAAAGUGUCAUGUCUGCAUCUGAUGCUAAUUUAUCCAAAGUCGACUUGAAGGGAGUAAAUUUGGCCACUAAUACUCCUUCAGCUAGUGUCAAAAGUCCAACUGGAAAGUACAAGGGUCCUAAAUUUGCGAUGCCCAAAUUUGAUUUGCCACAUAUUCAAGUCCCAGACUUAGAUGCGGAUAUUUCAGGUCCAUCUGGGAAAUUUAAAAAGCCCAACGUAAACAUGCCUGACUUGAGCCUUUCAGGACCAAAGAUAGGUGGUCCAAACUUGGACCUUGGAUCACCUGAUCUGGAUGUCUCUACACCUAAUCUCAGAAGUGACUUUAAAACCCCCAAACUAGAUGUCAGUGGCCCAAAGACUGACUUAGACAUGCCCUCCGGCACCAUAAAAAUGCCUGAAAUUGAAGGUCCUGACUGGGAUGUUAAGGGUCCUUCUGGAAAACUUAAGAUGCCAAAAAGGGACCUUUCAGGUACAUUACCAAAAGGACCA